UUUAGGGACCACUAUCAAUCCGGAGACCUGUGCAGCUGGACUAGCGUGCCAUGAUACGUCUAUGAUCGAAUUUGGGUGGUAACGGGUAACGAUAUGGUUCGUUUCACACCUUCAUUCAAACGCGGUACGGUUUUCUUUUUUGACAGAUGUCAACUGACAGACUACCAGUGACAUUCUGUAGAGGUUAUGUUUAUAAAACAUUUUUGAGGGCGGUGUAGUAAAAAAUUGCAUUUACGAUUAUAUCAGUUAAUUGAUAAACCGUUCUCUCUCUCAUGAGAAUUUUGGAAAUGGAUCAAGCCACUGAAGUUGCUAAGUUGCAGCAACACCUGUCAUUACUAAAGCAGGAAUACUCCAAGCUGCAGACGAAAUAUCAUGAUGUUGAAUUCAAGUACAAUGCCAUCUCAGCAUCAAAUGGAAAAGGCACAGAUGAUACAUUUGCAUCUAGACUGUUGAAGACUGUUAGCAGCCUGUAUAACUCUGAAACAUACAGUGAUAUUGAUAUUAUCCUGAAAGAAGAAAAGAUGAAGGCACAUAAGCUAGUAUUAAGCGCAAGAAGCAAUUUAUGGAAUGAAUCUAUGCUCAGUAAUAGAAAGGAACUCGAUUGGUCAGAUAUAGAGACUGAAGUUGCUAUGGCCAUAAUCAGUUGGAUUUAUACCAGCAAUCUGGAUUUAACAUCAUCUGGAUUAGCUCUGAAGCUGAUUAAAAAGGCUCAUGACUUCAAGCUUGAGAAUUUAGUAGAGUUAUGUGAGCAGUUCCUCAUAUCUGUUGUGACCAUCAGAUCAUGUGUGAAAUUUUAUUCAGUAGCAGAAGAAACAGAAGCAUCCAAUCUGCUGGAGUACUGCUCAGGUCUUAUAUCAGUCCAUUGGGAUGACCUGAAUUCAUCAGACUUUGAACAUAUGAAUGGUCCCCUCUUAUACAAAAUGUUGAAGAACAAGACACAGUAUCCACUACACACAGCUGUCAGGUUGCAGAGGGAAGAUGUUGUGUUUCUGUGCUUAGUAGAAAAUUCUUCAAAGGUAAGUGAUUUUUUUUAUUGGAUGGAUCUUAGUCUGAGUAGUGUAGUACCAACUGAAUACAUUCUCUCUUCCCCUGGAUAUUAUUGCUAACUUUCAUCAACUAAAGAAAGCAAUAGCACUAAGUUGGCUAAAAGUAUA